CAUUGACUUCUAGUCAGUACGAGGGACAGGACUCCAGUUUAGCUAUGUAUUUGCUCUAACCAAAUAUGUAGUUUAUAUAAUAGCCUAUGAGAUGUUUUCAUUGCAUUAAAUUAUUAGCUUCCUAUUUUCUCAUUUUUAGGUACGACAUGCAAAGAUGUCAAAUACAUUAUCAUUUCUCUUGCUCUUCCUAUUUCCAUUGCUGCUGUCAGGAGCUUGGUUUCUCAAAAGUUUACCCUGUGAUGUGAAAGCUUAUGAAGAUACCGUGGCAGUGGACUGCACCAGCCGGCGUCUCAUGGAAGUCCCCAGAGGGAUCCCUGAAAAUGCUACCAACCUUACCCUGAGUAUUAACCAUAUCCCCUAUAUCAAUCCAACAUCCUUUGCUCAUCUUGAAAACCUCAUGGAGAUUGACUUCCGAUGCAACUGUGUGCCUGUUAGAAUGGGCCCCAAAGAUCAUGUGUGCGUCAUGAGACCCAUGAUUGAGAAUGGCACUUUUGCUGCCCUGACAAGACUGAAGUCAUUGUAUUUGGAUGGAAACCAGCUGUUAGAAAUACCCCAGGGUCUUCCUGCUACUUUAAGUCUGCUGAGCCUGGAAGCAAAUAGUAUCUCUUCUAUCCAAAAAGUCAAUUUUUCAGAGCUAGGAAACUUAGAAGCAUUGUAUCUGGGACAGAAUUGUUACUACCGUAACCCAUGCAAUGUUUCAUUUGAAAUUGAAAAAACAGCCUUUCUGGAACUGAAAAAAUUAACAGUACUAUCCCUGAAGUCUAACAACUUAACUCAUAUUCCACCCAAUUUGUCAUCUACUUUGAAGGAAUUGUAUAUUUACAAUAACAAGAUUCAAGCGAUUCAAGAAUAUGAUUUCAGUGCCCUUCAUAACCUAGAAAUCCUUGAUCUAAGUGGUAAUUGCCCACGUUGUUAUAAUGCCCCAUAUCCUUGUAUUCCCUGUCCCAAGAACACAAUUGAGAUACAUUCAAAGGCUUUUUAUUCCUUGAAAAAUUUAAGAGUUUUGCGACUUCACAGUAAUUCCCUUCAGAGCAUACCCAGCAGCUGGUUUAAAAAUAUCCGGAAUCUCGAAGAGCUUGACCUCUCCCAAAAUUUCCUCAUAAAGGAGAUUGGAGAUGCUCAGUUUUUGAAAUUUAUCCCCAACCUCAUAGUGCUUGAUCUGUCCUUUAAUUUUGAAGUGAAGAUGUAUUCUCCAUCCUUAAAUUUGUCUAAGACAUUUUCUUCCCUCUCUAACCUGGAAACCCUGAGGCUCAGGGGUUAUGUCUUUAAAGAACUGAAACAAGAAAAUCUAGAUCCAUUGCGCAGUCUUAGAAAUCUAACAGUGUUGGAUCUUGGGACUAAUUUUAUUAAAAUUGCUGACCUGAGAGUGUUCAAGGAAUUUCCAGCUCUUAAACUCAUAGACCUCUCAGUGAAUAAAAUUUCUCCUUCUUCAGGUGAAAGCAACUUUUAUGGAUUUUACUCUAAUCCUAGUAUUUCAGAAGAGCAAUUCAACAGACACGUGUUACAAGAGAUGCAUUAUUUCAAGUAUGAUGAGUAUGCACGAAGUUGCAGGUCCAAAGACAAAGAGGCUGCUUCCUACGAAUCUUCAGUUAAGGAAGACUGCCUGAAAUAUGGAGAAACACUGGAUUUAAGCAGAAAUAACAUAUUUUUUAUCAACCCCUCAGACUUCCAUGGUCUUGGUUUCCUCAGAUGCCUCAACUUGUCAGGUAAUGCAAUAAGUCAAACUUUAAAUGGAAGUGAAUUCAACUACUUGCCUGGGUUGAAAUAUCUGGAUUUUUCUAACAACAGGAUUGACUUGCUAUACUCAACUGCUUUCCAAGAGCUAAAACUUUUAGAAGUUCUAGACCUAAGCAAUAACAAACAUUAUUUUCUGGCAGAAGGAGUUACUCAAGUGCUUGGUUUUGUGAAAAACUUGGCUUAUCUGAAGAAGCUGAUGAUGAAUGAAAAUGAGAUUUCUACCUCUAUUAACACAGGAAUGGAAAGCAAAUCUCUUCAAAUUUUAGAAUUCAGAGGAAAUUAUUUAAAUGUUUUAUGGAUGGAUGGGAACUCUAGAUACUUGUCAUUCUUCAAGAAUCUGACCAGCCUGGAACAACUGGAUAUUUCCUUCAACUCACUCAGUUUUUUACCUCAUGGUGUUUUUGAAGCUAUGCCUCCUGAACUGAAGAUCCUCAACUUAACAAAUAACCGAAUGAAGAGUUUCAACUGGGGAAAGCUCCACUAUCUGAAGAAACUAGAAACUCUGGACCUCAGCAAUAAUCUUCUGGCUACUGUUCCCCGAGAACUGUCCAAUUGCUCAUCAACGCUUCAAGAACUGAUGCUACGAAACAAUCGGAUUCAAAAGCUAACAAAACAUUUUCUCAGAGGUGCUUUUAAAUUGAAAUACUUGGACCUCAGCUCAAAUGAGCUCCAGAUAAUUAGGAAAUCUAGCUUCCCUGAAAAUGUCAUUAACAACCUAAAGAUGCUACUUUUGCAUGGCAAUCCUUUCAAGUGCAACUGUGAUGCCGUGUGGUUUGUUUGGUGGAUCAAUCAGACUCAAGUGACUAUUCCUCUUCUGGCCACAGACGUCACGUGUGCUGGCCCAGGGGCACAUAAAGGAAAGAGUUUGGUUUUCUUGGACCUGUAUACCUGUGAACUGGACACCUCCUAUUUGGUCCUGUAUGCUCUGUCAGCUUCAACUGUCCUAGGCUUAAUGUUGUUCACAGUGAUGAGCCACCGCUAUUUCUGGGAUGUGUGGUAUAGUUACCAUUACUGCACUGCCAAGUUGAAAGGCUACCGGCGUUUAUCUUCACCAGAUGCUUGCUACGAUGCUUUUAUUGCCUAUGACAAUGAAGAUCCAGCUGUUAAUGAGUGGGUGUUGGAAGAACUGCUUGAAAGGCUGGAAGGUCAAAAAGCCAGACAGUUCAAUUUAUGCCUGGAACAAAGGGACUGGCUCCCAGGACAGCCAGUCUUUAACAACCUUUCCCAGAGCAUUCAGCUGAGCAAAAAGACCAUAUUUGUACUGACCAACAAGUAUAUUAAGAGUGGCAGCUUCAAGGCAACAUUUUAUAUGGCCCACCAGCGGCUUCUAGAUGAAAAAAUUGAUGUAAUUAUCUUGAUAUUUCUUGAGAAGGUUUUGCAGAAGUCCCGGUAUGUUCGUCUGAGAAAGAGGCUGUGCAGAAGUUCUGUUCUGGAAUGGCCAACUAACCCUCGGUCUCAGCCCUACUUCUGGCAGUGCCUGAAAAAUGCAAUAGCUACAAGCAAUACCCUGGCUUACAACAAGCUUCUUCAAGAAAUUGUUUAGCUCUACCCUUUCCUGUAAAUAUUGUUAUGAUCCACGGUGAGCAAAAAAUCCUAAACUUCAUUUGAAGAAACUGUCAAAGCAUGAAAGGUAAAUGUAAUUGUGAUAUUGUACCC